UGGCCAUCUGCGAAAUAUGUCGUGGUUUGGAGUUGCUGCGACGGUAGCUUUAUGCGCAAAUACGUUGGUUUACAGUCGCAUUUACAACGAUCAUGAGUACCUAGGAUGCUUUGCCGAUGCUGCAGAUAGAGACUUGAACGGACGAACGGAACUUGUACGGAGAAGUCGAUGGGAUUGUAUCACAACUUGCAAGGCGCAUGGAUUUCAAUACUCAGGAAACCAGUAUGCAUAUACUUGCUUUUGCGGAAAUUCCUACGGUAAACAUGGAAUGGUGGACGAAUCGGAAUGUGGCAUGACGUGCGAGGCUGAGGGUAACACGCAAACAUGUGGAGGGGCUAAUAGGAACAACGUAUACGACACUGGAUUCAGGAUGGAAGAAUAUCGGGUCAGUGCGGAUGUUGCAAAGCUUUCAUCAGGAGCUACUAUCGAAUGCUCAUCAAGCACAAGUACAACCAGUUGCAAUAAUGCGAUAGAUGGAGAGAUUACCAACGAAAACUUAGGACACACAUGGAAAUCCCAAUCUCGUUCACCAAUUUGUGAUGAACGACUAGUAUCCGGUGAUGUGUUCAACGUCCCAGAUUCAGCCCUGACUGCAUCCGGCGUUUAUGCAAAUGAUUUCGUUGGGCAUGGGGCACAGCGUUCAAGGCUUGAUACACUACAUGCAGGAUUUACAAGUCCGCAGUUGAUGGGAUCCUGGUCUGCUUAUAUGAACAAUAACGCACAAUGGAUACAGGCAGACCUUGGUCAAGUUAUGUUUGUGAGGGGUAUCAUAACUCAAGGUAGAAAUGCGGUAAACCAGUGGGUUACAUCGUACAAGUUUUUCUUUGGGAAAGAUGUGGAUAGCCUACGGGAAUAUGGAAUGAUUCUACAAGGUAACAGUGAUAGAGAUACGAAGGUUCAAAAUAUGCUGCAUCCACCUGUAGAAGCAAGAUUCGUCCGACUCAACCCUCAAACCUACUACGCUUACACCAGUCUGAGAUUUGAUGUUAUUGGCUGCCCACUAGAACCUGAAAAUGUUGGCGCCUGGGUCAAUGUCACUUUGGCAAGACAAUUUUGGGUUAAAGAAGUCAGUAUGAUCCAGAGUCGUGAGAGCCUCAUGACGCAAGCCCGAAAAGUCAAAAUGGAUUUCAGCGACGGUUCAACAACCAAGAUGGAUAUGUUCGAUAUAAAGUCAACUGACACACAUAGCUGGGAGUCUGUGAGAUUUGAUCCACCUCUUCUUGCCAAUUGGAUAAAAAUAACAUUCAUUGAAGCGUAUGUGGAAUCAACAGAACCAUUUGGAAUAGUGGAACUGGACAUACUUGCUGAUUUUGGACAAUUGACUAAUCAGGCUGCUCUCAUUGGAACUGCAACGUCAUCAUCUCAAUUCAACUCGGAUCUUGCUGCACAUAACGCAAUUGAUGGGACACUCAUUGCCAAUUUUGCUUUUCAAUGGAACACGUGGGAAGGCCAAUGGAUUUCAAUUGCGUUAGAUGCGGAAUAUUGGGUACACGUGAUCAAAUACGCAAACAGAUGUGCAAGGAACAGUCAGCACAAGAAAGUACUUGUCCAACUGUACGAUGCGUCGUCAAGUUUGAAAUGGGGAAUUUCCGUCAGUUCGCAAGUUUUUAUGUAUUUUGAUGAAUUUGAAUGUGGAAGUUUUCGAUGGACAACCCUUCCUUUACCAAACGCUCGUUUGAUAAAAUCUGUGAAGUUCACAAUCGAGGAAAUUGUGAAUGUCGAGGCGUCAGAAAUAGCAACAGGGAUGAGUGAAAUUCAAAUCUUCACAGGACAAAACCUUGCAAGUUCGUCAGCUCCAAUUGUUCAGGAAACGUUUCAGUCUGAGAAGAGACAACUCAUCCGUACACUGACAGAUAUGGACAUGAGUGUCUGCGCCUUUGAGGUUCAGUAUGUGUCUGGGUCGAGGUUUUUGUUUAACACAAAUGCCAUUGGACUUACUCAGUUCAAAUUGGUGAUAAUUACGAAUGGUGGAACUGCAGAUGAUUUUGACGUGUUUAGCACGGGUGACACGACAGCCAAUGUAACAACUGCAAAGAUGCUACGCUGUGACGGACCGGAGUACCCAGGAACGGGAGAGUUCACAUGGACUUGCACAACAGAUGAGGGAGAAGACUCGCUUUAUGCUGCAAUGGUAUUGGUUUCGACCUCAUCCGUGUAUCAGAUUUGUGAGAUUGAACUACAAGCUAUAUCUAAUACACCCGAGUAGUCAAUCCUCAUAAAAUUCCUGGGGUCUGAAUGAACAUAUAUUCCUAUUGCGAAUUAAUAAUCCUGAUGUGAAAAUUGACAAACAGUUCUGUAGUGUACAUAUUAUUAUCGUUUUUAUUGUAAAUACUGCUAAUUUUUUUCUUCUAGAACUUCACUGUUCAUCGUCUUUUUUACAAUUUAGAUGUUCUUGAAAAAAAUCUAGGUGAUCAUAUACUAAUGUAUAACAAAAUAUGUGAAGAAGAGCUUUUUAAAAAUAAUUAUCAAGCAGUUAUUUACAAACAUUGCUUAUUUUCUUACAGGUAGACCUGCACUGUCGAUUGUUUUUUAACAAUUCAAAUGUUCUUUAAAAAAUUUAGGAUAGAUAAUACUGAUUUAUAACAAAAUGUGU